UGCAUUUUGUCAGCCGGAUUUAUCACCAGGAAGAAGAACAGCAGGAAACGUCAGCAAACAACAAUACCUGUCCGAAAUGGCUACAGGAGUGGAUCAAGCAGCUGGCAUGAGUCUCGUCGUCUUCAGCCUCCUGCUGUUUACAUACUAUUCUGUCUGGGUCAUUGUUCUGCCUUUCGUGGACAGUGAUCACGUACUGCACAAGUAUUUUCUUCCCCGGGAGUACUCAGUCAUUAUUCCUGGCGUUGCAGCAGUAAUACUGCUCCUCUGUAUAGGGGCCUUCACUGCAGUCAUCAUAUGGAAGAAUCGCAAGCCAAAGAAAGUGGACUAAUCAGGAUAUUAGAGUGACUACUGUGGAUUUAAGUAUGAGAUGAUGGAGUAGCGCCACAGCUAUUUUUAGGCCCUGUUUACACCUGACAUUAACAUCCGUCUUGGGUGAUCUGAUCACAAGUGGACAGCUUUAAGUACGUCUGUUUACACCUGGUAUUAACACGCAUCUCCACAUGCGUCUUGAGUGACCACUUGUGAUCGGAUCCCACUUCCCUGCUCAAUAUGCAUAUAAACACGUGCAUCAUUUCCGUUUGCAAAGACAAAAUUCGUUGUUGUUUUUAACUGACUGGCGGGAGGACCAUGGGUCUGUAUACCCUCCAUCCACAGCUGUGUUCAACUUGUGUGAUAACAGGAUAAAUAAAUAUACGAUGCAUAGGAAAUUCAAAUGCGUGUCCUAUUGAUUUACUCUAGCGCCACUUCUGAGCAUAUAUAUAUAUAUAUGUAAAAAAUACAGAGUUAUAUACAGCGAUCUCCCCGCAGCGAGAGAGAGAAGCUGUGCGAAUUUACGCACGAGGCACAGCAGCUUUACCUCAUUGAUCAUUUAAAUCUCCAACACGCCGACAGGGUCGGUCAGGAUCUAAUGUUAAUAAUGUUCUGUGUUCUUCUACACAUCCAGUAGGUCAGCUGUUACACACACAGUCCAGGUUCAUACAGUGAAACUGUUUGGAGUAAAGCAGUCGUCCUCUCGAUCAAUCCUGAGCUCAUCAUGUCGAGCAACGCAGCAAAACUAAAAACUGUCGUUAUCAACUUGACAGGAAAGAAGAAACUAUCCAGCAACGUUUAACUUCUGAAAUAUUCUUUUAGACAGACAAGCGAAAAAUUAAUGGUUUUAUUUCAAUUCAAAUUGAUUUGAUGAGGGAAACGGGUUAGGGGAACGGGAAAAAUGGGAAGUUGUUUACGUUUUUUUAAUUCACAUGAAAAAUGGAAAAAGAAAAUAAUGACUUUCUUCCUGUUGUCAAACAAGUUGAACAGCUUUGGACGGAGGGUUCACGGACUGGGAGGCAGCAAUAGGCGCUCCUUCAAUGUGGUCCAGGCCGCAUUGUGUUUACACUGCUAAAUGAAUGUGGCCACAUGCGGCCCAGACCACCCACGAAUGUGGUCUGAGUGAUCGGAACUCAA